GGAUGUAGGAUAAAGUUGUCAUAAUUGCACCAUAGUAUUCAUUAGAUUAGAUAAUCUACUACAGUACUACUUGUAGAACAUAAUUUCCCAACUUUUAAGCCAAAAUCACCAAAAAAAAGAAAGGAAAAAAAAAAAAAAAAAAAAAAAAGAAGUUUUGCGUACACGUCAUCAUUACCCGCGCUUGGUGAAGCAAAAUUCCGUUAAGGAAUAGCACUCCUACAACUAACGACCUGCCUCGCAAUUUCCACCAUCUAAUCUAUUCUCAAUGCCACGUGUCAUAACGAUAACCGGUUACCAAAUAAAAUAUCAGCUCAAAAUAAGAUCUUCCAGAUAAAACCCAAAUAAAGUAAAAAAUUAAUAAAAAAUAAAAAUAAAAAAAGGAAAAUUCCUCUUCACUGAAGAAUUGCAGUGAGAGUUUCCGGCGCUUCCGAUGAACGCCGAAACGUUUCUCAUCACAAAUUCACUUUCUCUCUCCUCUUCCUUAACUUCUCCGAAGCUUCCAGAAUCUACAUGUCGCCGUCGAUUUUCUUUCCGGUUACUCUGGUCGGAUAUUCAUCGGUCUCCGUCGAAUUUCCGGCGGGAUUCAGUGACCGCAGAAUUACGAAACGUUUCGGUGAAAAGGAGAAGUUUCGGGAAAGUUUGGGCUGAUGUAAAACCUAAGCCAUUUGAGGUAUCCGCUGACUCGGUUCCUACUGAGUCAGUGAAGUUCCGUGACGCGUUAAACGAUGUAGUUUCGGAGGAGAAAUGGUGGGAGCAGUUUCCUAAACGGUGGAUUAUUGUGAUUCUGUGUUUCUCCGCUUUUCUUCUUUGUAAUAUGGACCGAGUAAAUAUGAGCAUUGCUAUACUUCCAAUGUCAGCCGAGUAUGGCUGGAAUCCAACCACUGUUGGUUUGAUACAGUCUUCUUUUUUCUGGGGCUAUCUUCUUACACAGAUAGCAGGGGGUAUUUGGGCAGAUACUCUAGGUGGCAAAGCUGUACUUGGGUUUGCUGUAGUUUGGUGGUCUAUUGCUACUGCUCUUACUCCUGUUGCUGCGAAGCUUGGAUUGCCAUUCUUACUUGUCACUCGUGCUUUCAUGGGCAUUGGCGAGGGUGUGGCCAUGCCAGCCAUGAACAAUAUGCUCUCAAAAUGGGUUCCUGUGUCAGAGAGAAGUAGAUCAUUGGCAUUGGUGUAUAGUGGAAUGUACCUUGGAUCUGUGACAGGCUUGGCAUUUUCACCAUAUUUAAUACAUACUUAUGGUUGGCCUUCAGUUUUUUACUCCUUUGGUUCUUUAGGAACUGUAUGGUUUGCAGUGUGGCUAAGUAAGGCAAGUAACUCACCACUUGAAGAUCCUUCAUUGCGGCCUGCAGAGAAAAAGUUGAUUCUCAGCAGCAGCUUAUCCAAAGAGCCAAUUAAGAGCAUUCCAUGGAAGUUAAUUUUGUCAAAAGCACCAGUUUGGGCUCUGAUAGUGUCGCAUUUCUGUCAUAAUUGGGGAACAUUUAUCAUACUUACAUGGAUGCCAACAUAUUAUCACCAGGUGUUGAAAUUUAACCUUUCGGAUUCUGGAAUGUUAUGUGUUGUGCCUUGGCUUACAAUGGCAAUAUCUGCAAAUUUCGGUGGUUGGAUUGCAGAUACUCUUGUGAGUAAAGGUUAUUCUGUGACAACAGUUCGCAAGAUUAUGCAAACUGUUGGUUUUCUUGGACCUGCGUUUUUCCUAACUCAAUUGAGCCAUGUUGAUUCACCUGCAAUGGCUGUUCUUUGCAUGUCCUGCAGCCAGGGAACUGAUGCGUUCUCACAAUCUGGCCUAUAUUCAAAUCAUCAAGACAUAGCCCCUCGGUACUCUGGGAUCUUGUUAGGCCUUUCAAACACUGCUGGAGUGCUGGCGGGUGUCCUGGGAACAGCAGCCACCGGCUAUAUAUUGCAACAUGGUUCUUGGGAUAAUGUGUUCGAGGUUUCAGUUGGGCUGUAUUUGGUUGGAACUGUGGUCUGGAACCUCUUUUCAACAGGUGAAAAGAUCUUGGAUUAAUCCUUUUUAAAAUAAAUCUUACUUCUGCAAGGCCAGAUUGUUUCAAGGAAAUGCUAGUCCAAGAUAUUCAGAAAAGAAAGUUCACCAUAAUAUAAUGAGAAAUCGACAGAGCUCGUUAUUAGGCCUUUUUUUUGGGCUCAAAAAAGUAAUGGAUGGGUCAUGGAUGGUCAUCUGAUCAACAUGAAGCUGAAAUGCUGAAUGCUGCUUUGAAUUAGUACAAUGAGAAGAUUUGAUUCAUUACACUAGCAGCUCCCUCGAAGGUCUGUCACUAGCCUAAUCACUCUUACAGAAAAUGUUCUAUACAAUUUGCAGAUGUUCUAUUGACACGGCUACUUGUAAAUUAGAGUAAAUCUUAGAUCCACCAAUGGCAGGAUUCAUACUGGCACGGUGGUUGUUAUUGCUGUAAAUAACAAAAGAACUAGAAUCCAUUUUGUGUACUCCUUGUCUAUACUUAGUUGUUACAUUGUCCCAAUC